AUGAGCUCAACCAACAACGUCGCCUUCACCGCCCCGAUCAACCCACCAGGCGCAAGACCCGUUAUCACCCCCGAACAAACCUGGAAGGGCCUCCUCCUCAAGAUCCGCUCCGCAGAAACAUUCGUUCCGGGAGCAAUUCAAUCCACCAGGGUCGUCAGUGAAUCCAUCGACUCAUUAACUGGGAACGCCGUCACCGUUCGCGAAGUCCUCUUCCGCGAAACCCAGAAGAAGGUUCUAGAGACCGUUACAGCUUUCGAGCCUGCCCGGGUAGACUUUGAUCAGCCAAAUGGAAGCAAGAUCAGCAAUGUGAUUAGUCAAGGAGCUGGUGGAGAGCUGUACAUGACGUAUAUCUUCGAAUGGAGACACCCAGGUGUCUCGGAGGUGGAGCUGGCGGAGCUACUCGAGAAGGAGAAGAAGAUGAGCCAGGCAGCAGUUGAGGGAACAAUCAAAGUGUUGAGGCAAUUGGUUGAGGAGAAGAAGCUUUGA